AGAGCCGGGUCGAUUGAAACACGGGACGAUUGAAACACAGCGAUUUACUCGAAAACCACGCAAGGCUUUCACGUCAAAAUUCGUCACUACGUUCAGCAAGCAAGACUGACCAACCCCGGGAAAUUUCAUGUAAUGACGUCACGCCGUUCAGAUGUUAUCCCGCGAACCUGUUUUCGAGAGCUGUCAGAAAAUUUGCCUUUGAGCUGGCAGUCCACUUCAGCUGCCCAUUCCCUGCAUCCUGGUCGAGGAAGAGCAUGGCGGGGAAGGACUGGUUCACCUCCUUCAUGGAGCGCAGUGGCAGCCUCUCCCUUCGGCGUCCAGAGGCCACUAGCCAACAGCGAUUGUCCAGCUUCAACCAAACAAAUGUAAACUUGUUCCACCAAAAUUUAAAGACGGUGCUGGAACGGCACCAGUUCCAGGCCAAGGACAUUUGGAACAUUGAUGAAACCGGGGUCACCACUGUCCAGGUGCCAGACCGUGUCGUCGCCCAGAUGGGGCAGAAGCAGGUCGGGUCAGUGACCUCAGCGGAGAGGGGGACCCUGGUCACAGUUGCCUUGGCAGGCAAUGCGCAGGGCGACCUUGUUCCGCCAUUCUUCAUCUUCCCCCGUAAGCGGUUCAAAGACCACUUCCUGAGGGGUGGACCCGUUGGCUGUGCUGGCAGCGGCAACCCAACUGGCUGGAUGAAGGAGCCAGACUUCCUCCUGUACCUGGCCCACUUCACCAGGCACACCCGUGUGUCCAAGGAGUCGAAGCUGCUCCUCCUGCUGGACAAUCACCCGUCCCACCUGUCAAUUGCAGCAAUUGAUUACUGCAGAGCUAAUGGCAUAGUGCUGCUGUCAUUCCCUCCCCACUGCACCCACAGGUUGCAGCCAAUGGACAUUAGUGUCUUCGGCCCCCUAAAGGGGUACGUAAACAGUGCGGCGGACAGGUGGAUGAGGAGCCACCCAGGGAUCAACAUCUCCAUUUAUGAUGUGCCCUCCAUCGUUGCUGAAGCCUUACCAAAGGCUGCGACAGUGAACAACAUUACCUCCGGGUUCUCAAGUCCAGGGAUCUGGCCUUUUAACCCCUCUGCGUUUGAGGAAAAGGACUUCGCCGGAGCCUAUUCCACAGACCGUCCUCCUCCCCAGGCUUCGGGUGACGAGGUCAGCGCUUCUCCAGGUGCCACUUCAGGUAGGAACACUUCAUCAGAAGCAACAGAGGAUUAAACAGAGUUCAUAAUAGAUAAGUAAAUAGUCCCAUAAG